UUAAGGCUGUGGAAAGAAGAUACUACAGCUAGUUCUGAAAGAGGAAAAGACUUUUAGGUUGACAUAUUACAAAAGAGAUUCUCAGAUGGAAAAUGUGGCUGGUGGGAAGGCUGGAGGGUGUGGGUGGCUGCAAAGCAAAAACUGGAUGCCUGAAAGUGUUGUGAGAACUAGAGUGAAAGGUGUGACAAGCUAGAGGGGAGACCUUAUCUCUUCGUGCAGUAGUAUUGGAUGGAACAUUAUAUCAACAAGCCCUGUGAUUUAGGACUUAGAAUGUAGGUCAGAAGUACAAUUGCCUAGCAAGGACCUGAGACACGCAUGCGCGCGCACACACACACACACACACACACACACACACACACAUUCAUAUAUAACAUUGGGAAACUCAUAUGAUAGCCUAAUCAUUAGAAGCAAUAACAUUUCAUAUUAGCAAAAAAAUUGCUAGAAUGGAGAAGAAAUAGUGUCAGGCAUUAGGCGAUCAUGAUUUAACUGGUCUCAGAGAUAAAGGACCAAUGAUACUGUGACGGCAUGUUUAACCAAAGGGAAAGGACGUGAGAAAGUCCAAAGUUGCUGGUUAUCAAACUGGUGCCACCUGGCUCAGGUUCUACCAGGCUCUCUGGUCAGGAUGCCAUCUGGGUGACGGGGGAGGCAGUCGUCACAGAUGGAGAUGUCGGCCACCUGGACGAGCUUAGGUUGUGUCAUAAGCCUGGAGUGCAACGGGAUGUGUCCCUAAAGUACACCACCGCAGAGAUGGACACCAGAGCCCCUGAGAGGCCGCUUCGAGUUCUGCCCUCUGAGCACAGGCUGCCAUUGUGGGCCACAUUCUAGAAUGCUGGGGUGACAGUCCCUGGAGAAAGCCAGUCAGGCAGAUGAGGGCUGAGCAGAGCAGGAAGGCGGUGGAGUCAGUGACUCAGUCCCCAGCUGCUGUCGCCGCACCUCGCCCCCUGAUUUGCAGCGGACAUAUAUUCAGACCCCCAUGGAGGUUAGUGCCUUCCUUCUGCCGCUUCAUGCCUUUGCUCCCAGACCAUGGAUGUUCUUCAUUCCUUCCGAAGGAAGAGGAACUCCAAGAGCAACACAGCAACAGCAAAGUGGGACAGCAAAGAACAUGACAUUGAAACACCCCAUGGUAUGGUCCACGUCACCAUAAGAGGCUUACCAAAAGGAAACAGACCUGUUAUCCUGACAUACCAUGACAUUGGGCUCAACCAUAAAUCCUGCUUCAACACGUUCUUCAACUUUGAGGAUAUGCAAGAGAUCACCCAGCACUUUGCUGUCUGUCACGUGGAUGCCCCAGGCCAACAGGAAGCAGCACCCUCCUUCCCAACAGGGUAUCAGUACCCCACCAUGGAUGAGCUGGCUGAGAUGCUGCCUCCCGUUCUUACACACCUGAGUAUGAAGAGCAUCAUUGGCAUUGGAGUUGGAGCAGGAGCCUACAUCCUCAGCAGAUUUGCACUCAAUCAUCCAGAGCUGGUAGAAGGUCUUGUGCUCAUUAACAUUGACCCGUGUGCUAAAGGCUGGAUUGACUGGGCAGCUUCCAAACUCUCCGGCUUGACCACCAACGUCGUGGACAUAAUUUUGGCUCAUCACUUCGGGCAGGAGGAGUUGCAGGCCAAUUUGGACCUCAUUCAAACAUACAGACUGCACAUUGCUCAAGAUAUCAAUCAAGAAAAUCUCCAGCUCUUCCUGGGUUCCUAUAAUGGACGCAGAGACCUGGAGAUCGAAAGACCUAUUCUGGGCCAAAAUGAUAACAGAUUGAAAACAUUAAAGUGUUCUACUUUACUGGUGGUUGGGGACAAUUCACCUGCUGUGGAAGCUGUGGUUGAAUGUAAUUCUCGCCUCGACCCUAUAAAUACAACUUUGCUAAAGAUGGCAGACUGUGGAGGACUGCCCCAAGUAGUUCAGCCUGGGAAGCUCACCGAGGCCUUCAAGUACUUUUUGCAGGGAAUGGGCUACAUCCCGUAUGUGCAGCUCAGUCACCUCAGCAGCGAGUCAGGUACCUUCUUGUGCUGGCCCUGCCCGCCUCCCAACUAUGCUCUUCCUGCUGCAUUGGCUGCCUGCAGCAUGUCCGCGGCUUCCCUGUUCAGUGAGAGCCCGAUAGAACAGGGCUCAGUGUGUUCUAGGAGUUUACCCUACAGAGCAGGCCUGAUCCCUGUAAGAAAGAGCAUUCCGUUGAACUGCCCAGGUAGCCUUGCACCUUCAGCCAGGGUGACAGCCUCAGUGAAAGCUCAGCAGGGAGGGCCGCUUCUUCACCACCACCACCUGUUUGCUAGUAGAAUAGCAUCUGUGAGCAGAGACCACCACAGACCUGGUGUCCUCUGAUCCCUGUGAUGGAAAGACAGCAGGGAGAUGACUAAUGGUCCAAAAUACUAGGCAGUGAGUCAUUUCAGGUAAGGCCCUGUGCAGGCCAUGUUCAUGCUGAGAGGAUCUUACAGUCAAAGUGGAAACAGUAGCAAAAAAGUCUAAAUUAAACACCCCCAGAGUCCCUCCCCUCUCAAUCCCUGGACCCAACAACCUGUACCUCAUCCUGUGUAGAGAUCAGCUCCAAAACACCUUCUCUCCCCUCCACCCAUCCGUGUCUCCUUCCCAGAGGGCAACGGUAGCCUGUGGACACGGAUGGUAGUCUUGUUGUAUCGGGCUUGCACUGUGUUUGUGAAAUACCUUCCUACUUGUGUGAUUUGUUGUUCUUUCUUUGGUUUAGUCUUGCAUGCACUGCAGGUUUUGGGGACCACUAUCUGUUCCCAAAGCCACCUUCCUAAUCACUGUUUGAAUGGCGGGGGCACAGCUAAGAGGCUUUACUCUGUAGGCUUUCCCAUCCUACUCUGAAGGAAAAUCUGAGGAGAAUCCAGACGCAGAGGAUCAGAGCAGCCUUGCGUACAGUCACUCACCUAAGCAAAUAAUGCAAAGUGGGGAUCUCUCAUGUGACCUGGGCACCAUCUUAGGUGGGCUGGGAAAGGUAAAGUCUUUGCUGAAACUUGUAGAGCAUCUGGGCUUCCCCAGGCUCCUGCUCCUGACCUCUUGGCUCUUUGUUACAGUACCAUCUGCCAGCAUGACCCGGCUCGCCCGAUCACGAACCCACUCCACCUCAAGUAGCAUUGGCUCUGGAGAAAGUCCCUUCAGCAGGUCUGUGACCAGCAAUCAGUCAGAUGGAACUCAAGAAUCCUGUGAGUCCCCUGAUGUCCUGGACAGACACCAGACCAUGGAAGUGUCUUGCUAAGCAGAUGCUCCUCCCCUGGACCAUGCAAGUCCCUCCUCCUUGAAAUGACCACUCCAUAAUAGAACAUUUCAUUCCGUCAGCUGGCCUCCACUUUCUUUCACUCAUGCAUGGCCACAGCAUCUCUCUCUAGUAGGCUGGAUUAUCAUUCUCUCUGCCCUUUUGUAUGUACCGAGAACCACACCCAUGCCAUUACUGUAACAUUCCAACACCUUGAUCUGAUCCGAUCUCCAUAUCUUCUCUUGCCAGCCUUUCCCUGCGCUCCCUCAAAUAUGUAUCUGACGAGACUCUUUAAUUCCCAACUCCAUGUGUGUGCGAGCACGCGUGUCUGUGUCUGUGUGUGCAUAGUUCUGUGAUUUUAGACAUGCUUUCUUGUAGUGCUUCUGCAAAGGGACUUUUUUGAAUUCUCAGUGGCAUUUUUAAGGGAAAUAUGCAGAGUGGAUAUCUGGGUGGGAUAGGCCACAAGAUUGGAUUUUGGUUCCACUUGGACAACUAACAAUAUUUGUAGAGUGAUUUCAGGAGAGAGCAGGUCUGAGGAAUAUGUGAGGCUAUAGUUACUGUGUGGGCCACUGGUGAGGUAACGAUUACACAGAUAGGCAGGCAGGGUGGCAGUCACCUCCCCUGUCCACGUGGAUUCAUACCUGUCAUCGUGUAAGUCAGAGGGAGGGAUCUGAAGCCUGUGAGUGAUGUCUGGUACACUGUGGAGUUUUCUCCAGAGAAGUGGCCUAAGCCCUCGGUUAGCCGAGAAAGAUGGAAAGCAAAGCGCCAGGCUUCGCUCUACAGAGAGAAAGUGCUGUCCCUGAAGCAUCUGAGUCCACUUACCAGACACCCAGGCAUCAGCAGGAAGUGCCUCCUGGUCUGAGGGAGAGCGGUUCUCCAUCCCUCGGUCCCAGAGAACAGAGUGAUAUUUGAAAAUGCCAUCGAUGGUGAGGGUUUUAUUGGGGAAGAGGAAGGACCGUUAGCACACACCAUCAUGGUAAAUAAGUGGAGCCUAAGUGUCAGCAGACAUGAUGAAAGCCAAGUCACCUUGAAGGUGACUUUUCUGGGAAGGUCUUAAGCAUGUAAUGUCCCUUAAUAGGAGGGAAAGGGACAAUCUCAGGGCAGCCUUGUCCAGGUAGAAAUAUUUUGCCCCCCUGUCUGUUGUUGGUGAGGGGUCACACCAGCCAGGGAGACCCUCUGGGAAGAAGCUGCCACACACAAGGACUCUGGAAGGAUCCACAUGUGAGCCCAGCCAGGGUCAUACGGUUCCCAACCUGAGGAAAAGGUUUUUCACACACUCCUUGCUUUCUGCUGAGAUAAGAAAGGUGUCACUCUGCAGAGUGUGACUUUUUACAGGUUAAAUAAAGCUGUAUAUGUCUCAUUGUUA